AUGGCCAACUACGACAAAGAAAACAUCGACGAACCCGAAACCGUCGAUAUCAUCGAUUCUGACGAAUCCGAACAAGAAAACGAUUUCAAAUCAGUAGUCGAUGAUUUUCAAGAUGAAGAUUUUCAAGAUGUUCAGGAAAUACCCGACGAAGAUUCAGACUAUGACCCAAUGUACGAUAUAAUGUCCGAAACCUCAGUAGAGGCACGCUGUGUGCUGCUACUCGACCGAGUUACACUCCUAAAACUGAACACCACCCUACUAUUAUCAAGAGAAGGAUUAUACAAGCAAAGACUCUCAACAUACGAGGAAGAAAACAAGGAACUUAACCUAAGACUUUUGGCAUCGGAGAAAAAGGUAUCAAAGCUGGAGGAGGAACUGGAAAUCAACAAAACAAAGACAGAAUCACGCUACUCGACGCUCGAAAAAACAUACAGAGAACUGUGUAAGAGCUUGAUGGCAGCACAAGAAGCAAACCAGAAAAUGAGGUACACAAUAAACGAGCUCAACAUGAGAAACAAAGUGUUGGAAGAGUUGGUGGAAUUGAAAACGGAAUCACUGUCACAAUUGCAGGAUAAAAUAGAACGCCUACAAGUAAUGCCUGACACUAAUAGGAAGUUAAGACUAGAAUCAAUGGCUGAAAUUAAAAUUGUCAAACUGAAGAGGAAACUGUACGCAACGGAGCGCCAGAUGAACAUGGUGGUAUCAGACCUCUCAAAAAUGAUCUCGUACAAGUUUAACCCGAAGAAACUCAAGGACGGAAACAUGGACAAGUAUUUCGACUACCACGCAAUGCUGGAAGACUAUAACGAAAAGUGUAUUAAGCUGAACGAGUUUGAGCAUAUGGCAAGCAAGACCGAGUACUUACCAAAAAUGAGAAUCCUCAGGGAAAAAAUCAAAUUGCUGAAUAAGAAGUUGAAAAUAAGGUCCAUGCUGAUGAUGGAAAAGGACGAAAAGAUGGCGGAAUUCUAUAAGGCACAGGAGGAGGACCUUAAGAACAUAAUAAAGGAGAAGGAGCAGGAGAAAUCAUGGAAGAGCGAGGAAUUUGAAAAGGUUACGGACGAUAACAAAUCGCUCAAAACGGAGUUGGAAGUAAAAGACAAAACGAUAAAAGACCUAGAGGAGGAGCUCGAGAAAACAAAGGCACAAGUCAAAGAUACAAUCAUGGAGAACGAGGAGCUGAAGAAAACGAUAAACAAACAGACGGAGAAUGAGAAGACCCUUAAGGAGGAAUUGCAGGCAUCAAUGGAAAGAGAGAACACACACAUGGCUAAGAUGAAGAGCUACAUGUCAGAAAUAGACCUGAAGGUCAAGGCCAUGGAAGUUGAGCUGAAACACAGCAAGGAAGUGGCAACUGAAGCGAAGCGCCUACAGCAUGAUAUGGCGCUGGAGCGCCAAAAGGAGCUCACGAGGCUGAGAGAGGAAGGACAGCAGGAUCAGAGGGAGCAGGAACAGAGCGAAAAUAUGGACGAAACGUUUAAAAAGGCCCUCCUGGAAGAGCUGUCGACGCUGAAGACCGCGGUCACGUCUCUGGAAAAGUCGAAGAAGGAUCAGCAGCAGAGCGAAAAUAUGGACGAAACGUUUAAAAAGGCCCUCCUGGAAGAGCUGUCGACGCUGAAGACCGCGGUCACGUCUCUGGAAAAGUCGAAGAAGGAUCAGCAGCAGAUCAACAACCUGAUCCUGACGCUGAGGCACCAAAACGAUACGGUGUUGAACACACUCAGGGAGGAAAACAGAAGCACGCUCAACUUGUUGUCCGAGAAAAACAACGCUACUCUGUUCGAGCUGAGGGAGGAGAACAGUAAAAUAGUGGCGACGCUGACCGACAAGAUGAACACGAUGGUGGAGAGCCUGAGCAGGCGAGAAUGGGAGCUGAAUGACCAGAUCAACCGACAAUUUGAAACGCUCAAAAACGAACUGAAGUCCGUGCAGCCUGAAUACGGAGGACGUGUAGAAACGCCUCGAUUAGGACUCGGUGUAGAAACGCCUCGAUUAGGAGAGGGUGUUCAAGUACCCGAAUACGGACUCGGUUUAGAAGUGCCUCGAUUAGGAGUCGGUGUAGAAACGCCUCGAUUAGGAGUCGGUGUAGAAACGCCUCGAUUAGGAGUCGGUUUAGAAGUGCCUCGAUUAGGACUAGGCGCAGAAGUACCAGGAAUUGGCGGCGAUGUUCAAUUAUUUGAAUACGGAGAGGGUGUUCAAGUACCCGAAUACGGACUCGGUGUAGAAGUGCCUCUAUUAGGAGAGGUCACGACAGAGUCUCUAUUUGGAGACGGGUUUGAAGUGCCGGGUCUGGAAGAGCUGGAAGAGGAGGAGGGAACGUGGGAGGGGCUGGAGGAGAAGUACAAGAAAUUGAAGGCGUUGUUCAGAAAAACCACAGCGUCCCAGGUGCAGAAGGAAAAAAUACUCGUCGAAUCGCUCAAAAAAACGGUCAUGGAGUGCCACAGUUACAAGAAAAAACUGGAUCUCCUGACCUUGCCCAAGGAGAAAGAGCAGGACUGCACCUACCAGCCGCUGUCUGAACCGCGAACUUCCAGGUUGAAACUGAUUGAAAAUUGCUGGUGUAGCUCGAAGCCCAACGUCCACGUGCGGAAGCGAAUAGCGAAGUGGGCCGUCGAUUGUGAGAAGGCCACACUCGAUUUCGUGAGGAAGCAGGAAGUGAAGAGGAGACAGGCCAGGAAGUUUUCAUUCCUGAGUUAA